AGCCUGAAGUCCGGCGAGGGACGCGCCGCUGGGCGCCCGAAGGAAGAACGGAGCCGGGACGGCGCUGGAAAUGGUCCUUGGGGCCGUCGGCUGGUGUUGUCUCGUGUUCUGGAUCCCUGCGUGUAUCGCGGUCCACGGUUUGCGCAUCCAUGACUAUCUCUACUUCCAAGUGCUGAGCCCAGGGGACAUUGGCUACAUCUUCACGGCCACACCUGCCAAGGACUUCGGGGGGAUCUUUCACACACGGUAUGAGCAGAUCUACCUUGUCCCUGCCGAACCGCCAGAGGCCUGCGGGGAGCUCAGCAACGGUUUCUUCAUCCAGGACCAAAUCGCGCUGGUGGAGAGGGGGGGCUGUUCCUUCCUCUCCAAGACCCGGGUGGUACAGGAGCACGGUGGGCGGGCGGUGAUCAUCUCGGACGACGCGGUGGACAAUGACAGCUUCUACGUGGAGAUGAUCCAGGACAGCACCCAGCGCACGGCCGACAUCCCGGCCCUCUUCCUGCUUGGCCGAGAUGGGUUCAUGAUCCGCCGCUCUCUGGAGCAGCAUGGGCUGCCGUGGGCCGUCAUCUCCAUCCCCGUCAACGUCACCAGCAUCCCGACCUUCGAGCUGCUGCAGCCACCCUGGACCUUCUGGUAG